CUUUUGAAAACUCUCCAAAAGAGAGAAGAAAAGCAAACUUUGGCACCAAAGCCCCAAUCUCCAUUAUUCGGGGGAUCAUCAACACGCCGAACUGAAUUUGAAAGCUUAAAAUUCGAAAAUCGAAAGCAGUUUGUGCGUGUAAUUGAGAACAGCCAUGGACGAAGAAUUGCUUGAGCUUCAGCGACAAUUCCAAUUCGCUCAGCAAGCCAAGUCCAGCAUUCGAUUAUCUGAGCGAAACGUCGUCGAGUUGAUCCAAAAGCUUCAACAACUCCAAAUCAUCGAUUUCGAGCUCCUUCACACCGUUUCUGGCAAAGAAUACAUCACUCUCGAUCAAUUGAGGAACGAAAUGGUUUCUGAGGUUAGAAAAUUAGGGCGCGUUUCGGUGAUUGACCUUGCGGACACUACUGGUGUUGACUUGUACUAUGUUGAGAAGCAGGCUCAGCGCAUUGUGGCGGAUCACGCUGAGUUCAUGCUGAAUCAGGGGGAAAUCAUGUCCGAAUCGUACUGGGAUUCGGUCGCCGAAGAGGUUAACGAAAGGCUUCAAGAAUGCAGCCAGAUCGCGCUCACGGAACUCGCUGCACAGCUUAAUGUUGGAUUGGACUUGGUUGCGUCCAUGUUGGAGCCGCGACUCGGCACUAUGGUGAAAGGAAGGCUUGAGGGAGGGCAAUUGUAUACUCCCGCCUAUGUGGCCCGCAUGAAUGCAAUGGUUCGGGGGGCAGCAAGGGGAAUCACAGUGCCAACAAAUUUGACGGUGUUGUGGAGCUCAUUGCAGCAGUUACUGCAGGAAAUGGGCGGAACCGGUGGUGUGGCGGUUGAUGGAUCUUUCUUCCAAUCUUUGUUUAAUGGACUUGUGAAGGAAGGCGAGAUUCAAGGAUCAGUUCGUGCAGGAGUACAUUGGACACCAGCUGUGUUUGCCAUUGCUCAGAAGGAAUCUGUGGAUUCAUUUUUUUCACAGAAUUCUUUUAUCAGCUAUGAGGUUCUGCACAAACUUGGAAUCCCACAGCCCAUUCAGUUCUUGCAGUCCAGAUAUCCUGAAGGAAAACCUCUAGUCACAACAUUUGUUCACCAAUCUAUGAUUGACAUGUUAGAUGCUGCUACUGAGGAUGCUAUUGAACGUGGUAGUUGGAGUGAUUCUCUUUCCUUGUUGCCCUCAUCUUUCACACCUCAAGAUGCAGCUAAAAUGCUGUCCCUCUGUCAAUCUGUUCAAUUGGCUCUCAAGUCUAAUAAAGCGCACAUUUUUGGAGAAUUUUAUGUAUUAAGCAGCAGCUUUAUGAAGGACAUAUGUGAUCGCGUGGUGAAAGAGUUGGAGACAUUAGGCGUUUCAGGGUCUUUUGGCUCUAAGAUGUCUGAUGAUCUACAAGUAACCAAUGAAGCAAAAGGAUACGAUUCAGGAAGGUUGAACGAGUCCAAUGAAAUGGCAAGUGAUGCUGGGGCCAACAAGCAUUCUGAUAAAGGGUCCAAGAAAAAAAAGGGGAAAGCCACUGGAAAUGCAGCAGCAAAUCUAUCUGAAAGUGGUCCAGAUAACCAGGAACAGGCAUCCACAAAAUCUAAGAAAAACCAGAGAAAGAGCAAGGAUACAUCGUCACAAACAUCAGAUUCAAAGUCAGGUUCAAGGAAAGAAUCAGUUAAAAUGAAGGACGACCAUCUUAGUAGUCCCUCAGAAGAAUGGAUCGUGCAGAAAAUUACUACCCUGUUUCCCGAGUUUGAAGAACAAGGUCUAGAUGAUCCUGAAACAAUUCUUGAGCCUUUGGCUAACAAAUUAAGGCCUACAAUAAUCAGUUCUUGGAUGGAGAAAAGGAAGGCAUUACUAACAGAAAAUGCAGACAGAAUGAAACGAUUGCUUGAUAAUUUGCAGAAGAAACUUGAUGAGUCUUUCUUAAACAUGCAGCUCUAUGAAAAAGCCUUGGAAUUGUUUGAAGAUGAUCAAUCAACUUCUGUUGUUUUACAUAGGCAUUUACUAAGAACAGUAGCAGCUCCUAUGGUGGAUAUGCUUCUUCAUGAUCUGGAUGAACACAACAAAUUGAAGAAUGGUGUUGAGGUUCAGGAGGCUCCAAGUUCUGAAUCUAUUUCAGUUAGUCCUGGAGACAGAGUUGCAAUUUCCAAGAGUUUUCCUAGACCUCUUGCAAAUAAGGCUCUUGCUGUUGUAGAAGCAUUGGAGGGAAAGAAUGUUGAAGUAUUCAUGGACGCAUUUAGAGCAGUAACUGAAGAGAGUGCAUUGCCUUUGAAAAGACUCGACAAGAAACUCGAAAGAACACUUUUACAUUCAUAUCGUAAGGAAUUAACAUCCCAAGUUUCUGCUGAGACUGACCCUGUAUCCCUUCUGCCAAAAGUUGUGUCAUUACUUUAUAUCCAGGUUUACCAUAAAGCUCUUCAAGCCCCUGGAAGGGCGAUCUCUGUUGCUAUUUCCCAAUUGAAGGAUAAGCUCGAUGAGUCAGCACACAAGGUAUUGACGGAUUAUCAAGCUGCUACAGUGACUCUCUUAGCACUGUUAUCAGCUGCACCUGGUGAUGAAGACGAUUGUGCAUCUGAUAGAAUUUUGAGUAAAAGGGAACUUCUGGAGAGUCAAAUGUGGGAUCUCAAAAGCUUAGUUUUGACCAACACACAACAAUCUUCAUAAAUAACAUAUCACACCUCAAUCAAGCAGGGAUGCAUUUCACACAACAAUUAUUCAGUGAUGUCUAGUUCCUUAAGUGAAAGCUUAUGACAAUUGUGUAGACUAGAGAAUUUUUACAAUUUUAUUUUAGACAGUACAAAGAUCAUUUUUACUAAUUCAUCCCGCAUAAAGUUCGAUACUCGGGUGUUUUCCAUACUUAAAUUUCUGCUUAACAAACUUUAGAUAUUCUGAGCCA